GUGACGUCAGAUCGCCCCCGCCCGCCGCGCAGCUUCCCCGAGCAAGACCAAAACAGCUGGAAUCCGGGCUGGAGCCGCAAGUCCGGCGGCGCGGGUGGCGGCACGUCCCUUCAGACAGCACCACAGGCACCUGGAGUACCGGCAUCGGUCGCUUUGGCCCCCGAGUGUCCGUCAGAGCCUAGGGGAGCCCGCCCUCCCGCGCCUCGUCGUGGCCCGGCCAGGCACCUCGGCCGCCGGCGCACGGACGCGGGCACGGAGCAGUAGAUCCCGGCUGCUGGACCUCGGCACGUUGACAAGAUUUCUCUGGGGUACCGCGGAGGAUUACUUUGAAUUUCGGUGGCCGCCUGUGGUCUGGAAUAUUUAGGUCUUAAGUCUAUUAUUUCGGGCACCAUGACUUUGAGGCUUUUAGAAGACUGGUGCAGGGGGAUGGACAUGAACCCUCGGAAAGCGCUAUUGAUUGCCGGCAUCUCCCAGAGCUGCAGUGUGGCAGAAAUCGAGGAGGCUCUGCAGGCUGGUUUAGCUCCCUUGGGGGAGUACAGACUGCUUGGAAGGAUGUUCAGGAGGGAUGAGAACAGGAAAGUAGCCUUAGUAGGGCUUACUGCGGAGACUAGUCACGCACUCGUCCCUAAGGAGAUACCGGGAAAAGGGGGUAUCUGGAGAGUGAUCUUUAAGCCCCCUGACCCAGAUAAUACAUUUUUAAGCAGAUUAAAUGAAUUUUUAGCGGGAGAGGGCAUGACAGUGGGUGAGUUGACCAGAGCUCUGGGACAUGAAAAUGGCUCCUUAGACCCAGAGCAGGGCAUGAUCCCAGAAAUGUGGGCCCCUAUGUUGGCACAGGCAUUAGAGGCUCUUCAGCCUGCCCUGCAAUGCUUCAAGUAUAAAAAGCUGAGAGUGUUCUCGGGCAGGGAGUCUCCAGAACCAGGAGAAGAAGAAUUUGGACGCUGGAUGUUUCAUACUACUCAGAUGAUAAAGGCGUGGCAGGUGCCAGAUGUAGAGAAGAGAAGGCGAUUGCUAGAGAGCCUUCGAGGCCCAGCACUUGAUGUUAUUCGUGUCCUCAAGAUAAACAAUCCUUUAAUUACUGUCGAUGAAUGUCUGCAGGCUCUUGAGGAGGUAUUUGGGGUUACAGAUAAUCCUAGGGAGUUGCAGGUCAAAUAUCUAACCACUUACCAGAAGGAUGAGGAAAAGUUGUCGGCUUAUGUACUAAGGCUGGAGCCUUUGUUACAGAAGCUGGUACAGAGAGGAGCAAUUGAGAGAGAUGCUGUGAAUCAGGCCCGCCUAGACCAAGUCAUUGCUGGGGCAGUUCACAAAACAAUUCGCAAAGAGCUUAAUCUGCCAGAGGAUGGCCCAGCCCCUGGUUUCUUGCAGUUAUUGGUACUAAUAAAGGAUUAUGAGGCAGCUGAAGAGGAGGAGGCCCUUCUCCAGGCAGUAUUGGAAGGUAAUUUCACCUGAGUCUCAGGGAACCACGAAGGGAUAUGGCAAUGAGUAGAGCAUGAAGGUAGAACAGUCUAUAUACUCUUGUGACACAUACAGUCCCUACCUUGUGCUGCCAAGUAACUCAUUUUUGUGCAAUUCUCAGUAUAAGCCCUUUGUCGUUUCUAUGCCUAUUUAAAGUCUCCUAAAGGUGUAAUUGACUAGGAAGGAUGUAGUUCUACACUGCCAUUUACCUAUUUAAAUUCAUCCUUGUGAAUAUCUUUGUUGUUGUUGUUGAGACAGAGUCUCGUUCUGUCACCCAGGCUGGAGUGCAGUGGUGCCAUCUUGGCUUACUGCACCCUCCGCCUUCCAGGUUUAAGCUAUUCUCCUGCCUCAGUCUCCCAAGUAGCUGGGACUACAGGCAUGUGCCACCACGCCCAGCUAAGUUUUGCAUUAUCAGUAGAGACGGGGUUUCACCAUUUUGGCCAGGCUUGGUGACAAAUGAGAUAUGGUGAUCAAUGAGAUAUGCUGACCAGAUCUCAUUGAAAUAUCAGCUUGUUUGGUACUAGGUGCAAGUGUAGCAUGUCACAUGUGACCAUGUUGGAUCAUUGACAAUUUUUAGGUAUGUAUUGACCUACAUUUAUGAUGAAGAUCCUGAGCGGAGGUUAAGAUAUUAAGUUGUUUUCUGUAUGAAUCAGAAUUAUAUUGAUUCUGUGCAAUCAAAACAAAAGGCAGAAUAGAAUGCUGAGAUUGGUUAAGUUUGCAAUGACCAUCUUGAACCACAGAUUUCUGCUAUGUAUGUCAUCAAAACAUCUAGUUCUGAGUAACAUUUUCACGAUUGUUAUAAAAUGAUAGGUGUGAACUUCUAAAAUAAAGGAAUGCUAACAAAAUGA